CAUGGAUCAAACAUGAAGUUGAAGAAUGACAGAGAUAUGGGAAAUUUUGAUUUGAAGCAGAUCUUCUCCUUCCAAACAACAUAUGGCUUUAAUGCUUUAUGUGUUGGGACAAUAUUUAGACAGAGUGGACUGAAUCUUAUCAUUGGUGGAGAGGAUGGUAUUAUAAGAAUCUUUGACUUGGGAAAAGAAAAGGAAUUCAAAAAUACACAGGUUAUCAUGGAGACCAAAAGUGGACCAAUUCAAUGUAUGGCAGUGCAGGAUGUUACAAAAUUUUAUCAUAAUGACCUUAUAGUUGCUGACUCCUGUGGAAUGAUGACCAUCUUCUGCAAUCAACAAAUACUGUGUCGACAAAGUGUCUCAGAUUCCUGUAUCAAUUGUGUUCAGACACAAACUAAUUCAAUGAAUAAUUUAGGGAUUGUUAUGAGUAACGACUCGGGAGAGAUAUUUGGUGUACUACCUUCCAAGGAAUUAUGGAGAAUUAAUAUCAAUGAUGCAAGCAAGGACCAAGUAGUAAAAUCCUCUAUAACCUGUUUAUUAGCAGUAGAUUUGCCAGAUCUUCAUGGGAAAAUGACCAGUUAUAUUUUAGCAGCAGACAGUUCUUGUAAUCUCAGUGUCAUACACCAAGGUCUGAUUGUGUCAAGUGUUAAAACACCCUCUGUAGUGACCGCUAUGUGUGCUGGUAAAUUUGUAGAUCCCUCAAAACUGUCAUUGCUACCUCCUUCAGCUGGUGGAUCUCCUGAUAGUCACCAGGUGGCACUUGGAACAGAAUCUGGAGCUAUCUUUAUUUUCUGCAAUUUCAGUAUAACAGAAGAAGAGUAUGUAAAUACAGGAUAUACCAUAACAUUGCUGAAGAAGUUAGAAUUACCAGAAUAUGAUAAUGAUAUACUUGUCUGUACAGGACAUUUCAAUGCUAUACAUAUUUAUCUAGAUGGAAAGAAACUUUGUCACCAUGUAACAUCAGACUGGGUGAACUGUUUUGAUAUUAUCGACCAGGAUGGAAGUAAGGAACUUGUUGUUGGGUGUUUAGACAGAUCAAUACAAGGAUAUAAAAUAAUGAUUUGAAAUCAAGCAGAGGUAUAAAAAUCUAUUUUCUGUAAAGGUUUUUUUCUUCUUGGAGGCCAGUUUUAAUGGAUUAAAAAAGAAUGGUGGAAAAGUUUACAUCCAUGUGACAAUAAAAUUUGUGGUUUUCAUGAAUAUUCAAAUAAUACUUUCCCAGCAACUGUUGCCAUUGGCAUCCUGACAGAGCUGAUUACUGAUUAUAUCAAGACUUUAUUUAAAGACUUGAGAAAUCAUUAUGAUUCGAUGAUACAAGAAAAUACCAGGAGACAGUAAAUAGAAGCUUUGAUAUACAUAAGCUCAUGGACUUAUACAGUGAUAUGGAAAAGUAGCUUGCUUAAAACCACAAAUAUAAGCAAAUUAUAUCUUUACCAUAUAUUUUAAUAAAAUA